ACGUUAGUUUGCCAACCGCCAUAAAACCUAAAGAAGAAGAAGAAGCUUGUAAACAGACGCCACAUUUCCGCCGUCUAACCGAUACUGAUUUUCGUUGUUUUUCGCCCAAAUCUUCAAAUAUUACUGUGCCACAAUGCCGGAGAAUUGUAUGGCAUAUAAAUGCCACAACAGGAGAGGUCAGAAACCGGGAAGAAAGUUUCAUAGGCUGCCACGGGACCCUGACAGGCGCGCAAAAUGGAUUGCUGCUAUCAGCCAGGCCGAUCCAAACAACAAGAACAAGGCAUGGGUACCGACUGGAACGAACGAUCACUGGCGCCUGUGCAGUGACCAUUUCAUCUCAGGGAAGAAAAGUGAUAACCCCCGGUCACCUGAUUAUGUGCCGAGCGUUUUCACACACACACAGUCGUCUGCAAAACAAAAAAACGCAAAAGCAUUGCAGAAGUCUGAAAAGCGACAAAACCUGAAGAAAAGGAAACGUGGAAGUAGAAAACAAGUUACAGCAGAAUGUGCAGUGCUUGGCCUUCGAAACACUGAUGUAACCACUCCUUCUGAAUGCUCCACGGAUUAUCUUGAAGAUGAAGGAAGUGCAGAAGCUUUAGAUGAAAAUGAAACGUUGUCCUUUGAGCGCCAAUGCAGAAUCCUGAGGAAGGAAAAUCGUACUUUGAAGGGACAACUGAAAAAAUACUCUCUUUGUCAGGAGUCUUUUUCAGAGGACAAUGACAAAGUGGAACAAUUUACAGGUCUUCCAACAUAUGGGAUUAUGAUGGCGACGUUCCAGUUUAUACGGCCUUAUUUAAAUUUAAACAGGAAGUUUUCACCUUUCCGGCAGUUCCUGCUGACAUGUAUGCAUCUUCGACUGAACUUAAACUUACAGUUUUUAGCCUACUUAUUUUCCAUUUCUUUGGAAACUGCAUCCAGAGUAUUUAGUAACACGUGUGAUGUUAUGUUCUGUCGCCUCGUUCCGGCGCUGGUGAUCUGGCCAGAUAGGAAACAUUUACGGCAAAGUCUGCCAGUUUCAUUUCAACAAAACUUUGAGAAAUGUUGCUGUAUAAUUGACUGUUUUGAAAUAUUUCAGGAAAAACCGAGUGAUGUGGAAACACCGAGAAAAACCUGUUUGCAGAAUAAAAGCCACAACUCUUCAAAAUAUCUGAUAGGUAUUGCCCCACAAGGCGCGGUUUGUUUCGUUUCUCAGGGGUGGGAUGGUCACUGCAGCGACAAACACAUAACAGAACAUUGCGGAUUUCUGGAUGAACUUUUGCCAGGGGAUCUGAUCCUAGCAGACAGAGGGUUUGAUGGAGGUGACGCUGCUGGAUUGCCUUCUGCAAAUGUAAACAUUUCUGCGUUUACUCGGGGAACGUCUCAAAUGAGCGCGUUGGAUGUGGAGGGCACAAGGGCGCUCGCGUCAGCCAGAAUCCAUGUUGAGAGGGUUAUUGGAAUGGUUCGUCAGAAAUACACAAUACUGAGCAAUACUGUGCCCAUAUCUCCUGUACAUUCAAAAGAUAAUGGAAUAACAUCUUUGGACAAAAUAGUACCUAUCUGCUGUGCAUUGACGAACCUGUCUGACCCCAUGAUUCUUUUUGAGUGAAAAAUAAAGUGAAUUUUGUCCUUAUUUGAAA